AUGUUUUUCAUCCAGAAUGGCAACAUAGAGAACCCCUACUGCAACGGAAUGGGGGGGAUUCUAGAAGCAUACCAUCAGAGUCUAAAGACUGUACAACUCUACGGACCAACCAACUUUGCUCCGGUCGUCAACCACGUAGCCAAGUACGCAGCGGCCGUACAAGACGGUUCUCAGUACUUUGUCCUGCUCAUCAUCACAGACGGAGUCAUAUCAGACAUGGCCCAGACCAAGGAGGCCAUCGUCAACGCCGCUAAGCUUCCAAUGUCUAUCAUCAUUGUUGGAGUCGGACAAGCUGAGUUUGAUGCCAUGGUGGAGCUUGACGGUGAUGACAUCAGAAUCUCCUCGCGAGGGAAGCUGGCAGAGAGAGACAUUGUACAGCUAAAAGACGUCCUGGCUGAGAUCCCUGAACAGCUCAUCCUCUACAUGAAGAGUAGAGGUAUCAAACCCUGCCUCCUGCCUCCACUCAAUGAGGAACCAGGCCGUGAAGACCAGGACCACGCCCAGACCACCCCUGUCUGA